AUGGAUUCUGGGGUUUUCGUUCACUCUUGGAAUGACGCUAAUGUUGUGAGCAUACAAGAGGACAGUGCUUCGGAAACUUCGUCUCUGGAUUCGAGUAUCCUGUUUAAUGACCAUCUGCUUCAAACCCCUGUUCGCAUUCAUGCAGACAGCAUGGACAGUCUGAACGAGACCAGCACGCAGGCCAAUGAACAACUGCUGAUAUUCAAGAAUACCACCGGACUCCAAAAUGACCUUCGCUCCAUCCUUGAUCUUCCUGACAUUUGUGACAUGGAAUUCAUCGUUGGCGAGAAAAAGGUACCAGUGUACGGCGUCAAAGCUAUUAUUGCUGCAAGGAAUCAGGCGUUUUUUCAUAAAAUCCAGUAUGAUAUGACCGUGGCAAGACGCCGUUCGAAGAUGAAGAAGGCUGGACGCAUGAUGUCCCAGUUGAGGAAAAUACGCAAACAUCAAAGUAGGACAGAAACCUGGAUCAAUCGACUGAAUGUUCCAAUCGAGGACUUUGAGCCCGAGGCCUUCAGACCGCUGAUAGUGUACCUGCACUGUGGCUGCCUGACUGUCAGUGGGGAUACAGUGGUUGGUGUCAUGAAUGCAGCCGACACCUAUGGUUUUGAUCAAGUUCGAGAGGUAUGCUUCACAUUUGCCGAAAGUCUGAUUACCAAAGAGUGUGUACUGCCUUUGCUAGUGUCAACUGAGAAAUAUUCCAGCUUCAAGAUGUCGAAACUGCUUUUGUUGAAGAUUAUGGGCUUCGUAAGGGAGCAUGCACAAGAUGUUCUCCAGUCGCCUUGUUUCCCGCUAGUGCCACUACAAACGGCACUUCUUGUUCUUUCCCACAACGACCUGAAUGCCACAGAGGAUUCGAAAUGUAAGUCGGCUUUAGCCUGGAGUCGCCAUUAUUGCCAGAUGAACGAGAACCGAUCUGUGCGAGUAUCGAUGGCAGCUUUCCUGCCAUAUAUAGACUUUGCAGGUGUUGAAGACGAUACUCUAAGAGAGAUGUACUCGCUGGACGUAGUUGCUGAAGAUGUGCUCGAUUCGGCCCGACGCCAUCAAGUACGCCCCCGAGUUGUUAUCGGUCAGGAUGCUCCUGCAAAGUUGUCCAGAAAGAAAUCAUUUCGAAGAUCCACCAAACAACUGAGUGCUUUCAUUCGGCGGAAGUGUGCGUCUGUAACGCAAUCGCCAAACAACGCUGGAGACAGCAGGAUUGCCAGCGUUUUAGGAGAAGCAUCGCCUGGUAAUGGGCGCCGUUAA